UCAGGGUCUGGGCUGAGGUUGCUCUGAGUCACAGACUCCAAUAGGAGAAAGACAGGGAGGAGGAGGAGUCCACUCCUCCCCCCGCCCUGUGUGAAGUACCGGCCUCCAAGGGGCGGACUUGCUAGAUGCUAGUAAGCUAAGUUGCUGGGCGAGGCAGGAACUUCGCUGCCCUCCUUUCUCAUUCCAGGAACAACGAUGCCAUCACUCGCAUCAUGAGCCGCUGGUCUGCUUCGCAGGGAGUUGUUUUGACAGGUUAUCACCCCAGCAGCACCAAUGCCGAGACGCCAGGAAGCCACGCCAAAGAAAAUACAGAGACGUCCCCCUUAAGCCGGAGAUCUGGCCAAUAUACAAUGAACCAUGACAACUCUAAGAAGCCCUCAGGGAAGCCCCCGUAUGAUCGCUCAGGUUCUCAGGAUUCACUCGAUGAAUUAUCCAUGAAUGACUACUGGAAAGAACUUGAAAACAUCAAUGAAACCAGAGGCAAUAAUCAUGAAGGACAAGAAGCAGUUGUGGUGAAAGAGCCUGAUGAAGGAGAAUUGGAAGAAGAGUGGUUAAAAGAAGCAGGUUUGUCAAAUCUCUUUGGUGAGGCUGCUGGAGACUCUCAAGAAAGCAUGGUGGUUUUGGCUACACUGACACGUACUCAGGCAGCAGCAGUUCAGAAACGAGUGGAAACUGUCACACAGACUAUGAGGAAGAAAAACAAACAAUACCAAGUUCCUGAUGUGAGAGAUAUCUUCAAGCAGCAAAAUGAGUCAAAGGAAAAAGAAACUGGCAGUGAACACCAGUCUGCAAGAACAAAAGAAAACAAAGAUGAGCCCCUGGAAGAGGCAAAAGAGGCACAUUGUCAGCAUAUUGGUGAUAACAGUCCAAGAGAGGAUGUGCCAGUGACUGAAACAGACAUCAACUUGGAAAUAUCAUUUUCGGAACAGGCAGCUUGUCUCAAAGACAACCCACCAGGCAAAGUGUCAAAGGGCAAAGAUGAUGACACGCUCCUUCCUAAUUUCAGACUGCCAAGAGACAAAACGGGUACAACAAAGAUUGGGGACCUUGCACUUCAGGAUAUGAAGAAAGUCCAUCCUUUGGCACUGAUUGAGCUGACUGCUCUUUUUGAUAUACUUGGAACAGAAUUGAAGCCACAAAAAGCAGUAAAAAUUAAAAUAAAAGAAUCUGGUCUUUUUGGUGUUCCACUCUCAGUUUUGUUAGAACAAGAUCAGAAAAGGGUGCCAGGCAUCAGGAUACCACUAAUUUUUCAAAAGCUUAUUGCCCAGAUAGAAGAAGGAAAGCUGGAUACAGAAGGGCUCCUUCGGAUACCAGGUGUUGCAGCAAGGAUAAAGCAUCUUUGCCAUGAGCUUGAAGCAAAGUUUUAUGAAGGAACUUUCAACUGGGAAAAUGUAAAACAACAUGAUGCAGCAAGUCUUCUAAAACUCUUCAUCCGAGAAUUGCCUCAGCCACUCCUCACGGUGGAGUACCUCAAGGCUUUCCAGGAUGUACAAAAACUUCCAAUAAAGAAGCAUCAGCUGCAAGCACUGAAUCUUUUGGUCCUUCUUCUCCCAGAGGGAAACAGAGAUACUCUGAAGGCACUGCUUGAAUUUCUUCAAAGGGUAAUUGAUCAUCGAGAUAAAAAUAAAAUGACCCUAAAGAAUGUUGCUGUGGUUAUGGCUCCGAACCUCUUCAUGUUUCAUGGUUUGAGCUUGAAGAUCACAGAGCAAAGCGAGUUUGUUAUGGCAGCUGGGACUGCAAGUGUCAUGCGCUUUAUGAUUAAAUACCAAAAUCUUUUAUGGACUAUUCCUACAUUUCUUGUGAACCAAGUAAGAAAACAAAAUGCUGAAAGCCAGAAAAAGGAGAAGAAGGACAAAGCUGUGAAGAAACUGUUGAAGAAAAUGGCUUAUGACCGAGAAAAACAUGAGAAGCAAGAUAAAAGCAUCAAUGAUGUAAAAACUGUCAAUGAUGCUGAUGUUCCUCAGGGAGUAAUACGGGUGCAAGCACCUCAUCUUUCCAAAGUUUCCAUGGCAAUCCAGCUGACAGAAGAACUAAAGGCUAGUGAUGUGGUUGCCAGGUUCCUCAGCCAAAAAAGUGGGACUAUCCAAUCUCUGAAGAAAGAAGAAAUAUUUUUAUAUGAAGUUGGAGGAAAUAUUGGUGAACGCUGUCUGGAUGACGAUACCUACAUGAAGGAUUUGCAUGAAUUAAACCCAAAUGCUGAGUGGGUUAUAAAAUCUAAAAAUGACUAAAUUUUUGGAUUUGCAGUGAAAGAGAUACUGUGGACUGAUUUCCUGUAAUACUAUAAUGCUCAGAUACACCAAAAUAAAAGGGUGGUGUAUUCAUUUGAUACUUCACAUGUAUUGCACUGUUCAGAGGUAUUGUCAGUGCUACAGUUGGCUUACAGGAAGUCUCCUUCCCUUUCUCCCAAGUCAAUGCAAACUACUGUAGCAAAACUGGUAGGGUGAGUAGCUAUGUGAUCGUAACUGAUUUUAUUGUGCAGGGAUGGUAUGUACAAUACUUUAAUUGUGGGAACCAUUGUGCCUUUGAUAUGGUCCCCUCUAACUAUAUUUACUUGCAGACUACUUAUUACGGCUUUAUUUUUUCAAUGAAGGGUGAAUUUUCUUAAUGAAAACAUAUGUAAAAAAUAUAGGAAAAACUAUUCCUUCAUUGGUCCAUCCAAAUCCUCAAAUUAUAAAUGGUGCUUGUAUUCCAUAUGUAAAGAGGACAGAAGUGGCACAAUAUAUGUCAUACCAGGCAACUGCAGGCGUUUGCUUAUGCAUACUGGUCAAGACAACGUACCCUUACUCUCCCCCAGAAAUACAUUUAUGUGGGAAACCUAAUGUGACAUAAUACUGAUAAAGCUAUCUUGACCUGGAUUUAAUUCAUAUAAUAAUGAUGGCUGAAAAAUGUAUUGCUGUGAAGGCAGUAUACCAAAGAAAACUUCUGUAUUACUAUUCUGGGUUGUACCCUCUUUUCAGUUCCUGAUGAGCUACACAUACAAAAAUUCUAGGGUAAAGAAUAUUUAUAGAAAUGAAGAGUUUCAUCACAUGCUAUUUUCUUUAUUUCCUUCAUGAUUCCAUGGAGGAAAUGGUGUGAAAUUUUGAACAUUGACUCUUCUGUGUAAUGGAUAUGAUGGUCACACUGGGAAAAAAUACAUAUAUGAAGUGUCCCCAAGUGUGGUCUUAAUGUUAUGACCACUCAUAUAAAUGGACUUGUCAUUAAUGUGUCAGAUUCUGCCUCUCCGGCUCAAUGUCUUAGACCUGUCCAAAGACAAUAUUUUCAAUUUGACAUCCUCUAAAACCAAUGAAGUCCAAAGAGAAUAUUCAUGACCUUUUGAUUUCAACAUAUUCUCAUACUGAUGCUUACAAUGUAUUUGUUGAGUGUACUGUAUCAUUAUUAAGCAUUCUGAGCAGAUUAGGGAUGCUGGAGAAUCCAACAGAAACUGGAACAGAAAUUGCCGAUGUUUGCUUAUUCCUUUCAUGCCUGGAACAGAAAUCAAUCCAGUGAAUAUGAGUAUUCACUAUUGUUUCUUUCAAUCUACAAACAAUACGUAAUUGAUUACAUUGUCCCCCACCAUGCAUUAUGUUUCCUUUGCACUGAAAUGAAUAGGGUAGAAUAAUAACAAAAUAAUAAUAAUGAAAAUAUCAUUAUGUAUUUGCAUAAUUAGGUAAGUGGGUAAUUUACAUAAUUAAUUACCUAAAUUACAUAAUUUUGCCACAGUGGACAGCGAGACAAAUAACAUUGUUCUGCAGAUUGGAAACAGUGCUGCAUGCAACAGAUGCAGCAUGGAACGGAAAACAAUGCCUUCUUACAUCCCCAGUGCUGAUUAACGUGGCUGGCUGUUGUACAACAAAAAUUGGACUUUGUUCAAGCAUUCUCUCAACAGCAAAGUUGUCACCAAAAAUUAUUCACUUGUGGUUGAAGAUAAGGAUGGCUAAGGGAAUUCUUAAACAUGUUUUUUCUCCACAAUAGUCUAUCAGGAAAGGGGUGUGGCUAAUUGUAUACAGAUGAGUAUUUACCUUUUAUAGGUGGAACUCACAGCAAAUGACUGUAAGCCCACAUAUGUAUGUGGCCCUACAUAUUUUGUACUUUAUAAAACAAAAUCAACAGAAUUUAAUUUAGAAAUACAGCAAAAAAAAAUAAAUUUCUUCAGGCAGCCUGUAACAUAUAGCAAACUGUCAAUAGAGGAUAAAAUGUGUUACUGUUAGGAUGCAAGUCUUAAGAUACCUUCCCAUUUUCAUCAAGGGACCAUUCUUGACAUGCAUUUCUGUCAAUAGCCAAUUAGCCAAGAGCACUUCCACCAUUGAAAAACCAUGUUCUCCUAUGUCAUUGAGGUUAUUGCCGCUUCUCUUGCUUCACAGUGAACAGACAGAGGCAUCAGCUAUCAUAGGUGUUGCAUGGCCAUCGAUUAGAGGCACAGAGGGAUGCACUUCAAUUAUAUUUGCACAAGCAAUAUUCCCAGUGAAUUGUGACCUGGUCUUCUGCCAUAAAAUGACUGCAUGGAUUGCCUCCAAGUAGCAGGAAGAGUUAUGUGAACACACUGUAAAUAAGAAAAUAAUUUUAAAAACCUCAGCCUCAGAGACCUGGUUUUCUGUCUGGAACUUACUGUUUCAGGGCAAUAAAGUAGGGGGAAGAAAGCUUGUAUGACCAGUAACUAGCUAGCAUAGGGGAGAGGAACCUCCAGAUGUUGCUGGACUUCAGCUCCCAUCAUCCCUGACCAUUGGCCACGCUGGCUGGGGCUGAUGGGAGUCAGAGUCCAAUGACAUCUGGAGGGUUGCAGAUUCUGCAUCCUUAAGCUUAGAAGCUCCUGAGACUCUUCCUGUCUCCCCUGUGACAUCCCACUGGGCUACCAGUAUGGCUUUUCGCUCUCUCCUUGAUUGGGAUGCAGCCGUAGCCAAUGAUUCACGCCAGCCAUUUCUGGCAAAGAGGAAUGUUGAAAGGUAAAAUAUUUCAUGGAUCUAGAACCUAGUGUUAAAGAUAAUACAAGAUGCAUAACACUGCAUUCGUAAUACUUUACAGUCUGCAGCUGCUCCAAACCAGAUUGAAUUGCAAGGGAAAUUUUAGGUAUUUGAAUCAGGAACAAUCACUGCUGCUGAGAACAGCUGUAGUGGUAAUUAAACUACAAAUGGCCUGUAGAUUUGAUUUUUUUUUUUUAAGAAUUUUGGUUUCAGGGUUAGUGCCAUUAUCUUUUUAUUACUAUUGGAAAAGCUCUUUUAUAUAAAUGAGUUUUCAUAAUGCGGUUCUAAUUUGACUUAUUAGAUGUGUACCUGAAGGAUACACAACAGAUACACUAACUAGUUGAUGAAUCAGCUAAUAGGGGAGCGUUUCUGCACCUGUGUAGAUUUGUACAUAAAACAAAAUGUUUAGAUGAAAAA